CGUAGGAAUUACUUUUAUAGUAAACUGUGUCCAGAAUCACAACAAAUAAUUCAAAUGACAGUCACAAGAAAAUGUGCGAUGUUUUUCCUUGAUAAUAAGUGUUUGAUAUGACGAUGAAAAAAACAAAUACAAAGGCUAUAAAAAUAGCAUCGUUAAGUCGUCACACGGAAAGUGCACCUCAAGGUGAGACUGAGAGUGAGGAAAGGACCACAACAACAAAUCGUCAACACCAUUUACAUAUUCACAACAGCACACCGCAUUCGCCUCAGCACUAUACUGGAUUAGGUGAUAUCGAUAUUGUACAAAACAACGACUUAUCGAAUCAUGCAAGGAUUCGCCUUAGAAAUGAACAGGUGUAUUUAUAUCAAAAUGGCCCAGUGACAUUGAUUUCGGAUGAGACAACUAAUCACAGAAAAAGAGAAAAAAUGGGUCUUUUUCGUAAUUUAAGAAGAAAACUUUCUUCUUUAUCAAUUAGAAAAUCAGAAGGAGCAGAAUGCAAUGGUCACAUUGGAGAGUGUCAGUCCCCAAAUAUUACCCCAAAUUUGACAAGUUCACGAUUUAAAGAGAAAAAUAUGCAACCCCUGGAUAAAACUAUUGACUCUCGGUCAAGCUCAGUUUCACAAAGUUGUGAUAGUUUAAACUCUCCAUUAAAAACAUACAUGUCUCCAAAAUUUAAUGAAUGGCAUUCCAAUACAGAUCACCAUGAUUGGGAAAUACCUAAAGACAAACCAGGUUGCUUAUCUAAAGACAUAUCUAGAUUUAAUCCAGCAUCAUCAUCACCACUUUGUGAUGACUGUUCUUCUGUAGAUACUGUUUCUGAUGGUGCAGAUGUCACAAUCAAUAAUAUCAAAGAUAAAGAUGAUGCAAAAAAUUCUCAUUCAGAACCUAUUUAUGAACUAGCAGAUUGUGUAGAAUAUGAUCCUGUGAAGGAACAAACAAAAAUUUGGAGUCCAAAAGUGUGGAGUUUAACACAGGAACUAUUUCGUUUAUCAAAGUUUGGCUGGUACUGGGGCCCAAUAACUCGAAAUGAAGCUGAAGAUAAAUUGACAAACCAACCAGAUGGUGCUUUUCUUGUUCGUGACAGUUCUGAUGAAAGGUAUCUUCUCAGCCUCUCAUUUCGUUCCUAUGGCCGCACUCUACAUACUCGUAUAGAACACUGUAAUGGAAUGUUUAGCUUCUAUGCACAGCCAGACACAGAGGGUUAUCCCUCAAUUGUUGACUUAAUUGAACACUCCAUGAAUGACUCACAAACAGGGAUUUUUUACUACUCAAGAUCCCGGUCACCCGGUGCUCCACAAUUUCCAGUACGUUUGACAAAACCUGUCUCACGAUUUACGCAAGUGCGGUCAUUGCAAUAUCUCUGUCGUUUUGUCAUUAGGCAGUAUACUAGGUAUGAUCAUAUCCAGCAGUUGCCAUUACCCACAACUUUAAAAGGUUGGAUAGAAGAAAAUCAGUACUAAGCAAUGAACGAGCCCAUUUAAAGUAGCCUAUUUGCUUUUAUAAAAUUGGUUUUGCACAUUACAAUGAAAGAUUGUGUUCACUUCAUAUCUUUAUCAACCCUCCACUUAAAUAAUGUUUUCAUGUUGUUCAUUUUUGUUGUGGGAUUUCUUUGCUGCCUUAACACCAUUUCUCUUUUAAUCAUUAAUGUUAUAUUGUUAUCAAAAUGAUCCCAAGGUUAGAGGGUCAGAUCAAAGUCAUAAUUACUAUAGUAGCACAGUGUGAUAGGUCAUAAAUAUGCUGGUUUUUUUAUUUCCUUUUUCAUUAUUUUUAAUUUACUCUUGUAUUUUUAAAAAGUUAAAUAUUGAAAAUUUCAAUUAUUAUGCGCUAUACCAGAGCUCUGCAACCGGUUUAAACCUCACACUUGUGCACCGCAAAAUGAUGCCAUGUGUGCCACGCAAAAUGUCCCCAAGAGUGGAAAAGGAGGAUUAUUUGUAGGCAUGCGAAAAUGAUAUAACUAUUUUGCUAGAAAAGGGACAUUGGUUAGCCUACUACCAAGCUGUCCAUUUCAAUGGUAACGGAAAUGUGUCCAAUAUAGAAGUUAAUAUAGGGUGAUGUACUGUAAUAUUAUACUUUUUAGUAUUACACACCAUUAUGAAUGCUAACUGCACUAUGUUAUUUAGUAUAUUUUUGCUUGUUUUUACUUUUGGAAUUCUCGGAAGGGCCUGGGGUGUGUCGUGAGUUGCUGAAGGUUGCUGAGCUCUUCUCUAGGCUGAAGAUUAUUAACACUUUACCAAGAAUAACUAUCUGUAAAAAAAUUUCAAUUAAAAUCUAGUAAAUUUGAUGUCUUUUAUAAUAUCAAAACAGUUAGAUUUGCAGACACUACUAACAUUUGUGAUGGGGCUGCUGGU